GUAAAUAUCUCUCUCUAUAUAACCAUAUAAAUAUCACAAUAACCUUUCUUGUAAUCUUUCAAUCAAUAUUCAACGUCUAGGUAAAUUAACUUAUUUUGUAAGAUCAAAACAAAAGAAAAAGAAAAAAUGUUGGCAAUUUUCCACAAAGCUUUUGCUCAUCCACCUGAAGAGCUUAAUAGUCCUGCAUCUUACAAAGGUUCAAAGAAACCUAAGCUUCCUGAAGAAACUCUCAGAGAUUUCCUCUCUCAUCAUCCUGAUAACACUUGUUCUAUGACCUUUGGCAAAGCUUCUGUUCUUGCUUAUGUUAGACCUGAUAAAACUUUUUCAGUUCAUCAAAGGUUGUUUUGUGGGAUUGAUGACAUAUAUUGCUUAUUCUUGGGGAAUUUGAACAAUUUGUCUAUACUUAACAAGCAAUAUGGUUUAUCAAAGGGUACUGAUGAAGCCAUGUUUGUGAUUGAAGCUUAUAAGACACUUCGUGACCGUGGUCCAUAUCCAGCAGAUCAAGUUGUUAAGGAACUUGAUGGUAGUUUUGCUUUUGUUGUUUAUGACAGCAAGAAUGGUGGUGUCUUUGCUGCUCUGGGUUCUGAUGGUGGAGUGAAGUUGUAUUGGGGUAUUGCAGCUGAUGGAUCUGUUGUGAUUUCUGAUGAUCUUGAUGUUAUAAAAGAGGGUUGUGCUAAAUCAUUUGCUCCUUUUCCAGCAGGGUGUAUGUUUCAUAGUGAAGGAGGAUUAAUGAGCUUUGAGCAUCCAAUGAACAAGCUAAAGGCAAUGCCAAGGGUAGACAGUGAAGGAGUGAUGUGUGGAGCCAAUUUUAAGGUUGAUAAGUUUUCAAGAGUCAACAGUAUUCCCAGAGUUGGUAGUCAAUCCAAUUGGAUGGAAUGGGAACAACAUUAGCUUAAUUCUGUAAAUACUAAAACUUUAGUAGUAUGGGUUCAUCAUGUAAUAAUGUAAUAAAAAUAAAAAUGUACUAGUAGUAGCUACUUUCAUGUCUUCAUCAAUGCUUCUUUCCUACUUAACCCCACCACUACCUUACCUUAUCUUAUCCUUUUCAAUUUGUCUUGUUUUGGCUUUCUUGUCUAGUUUCUCUGUUUCCUUAUGAGAAACACUUCCUCAAGAAGUGAUUGUAAGGACAUCCAGUAAAAUAGUGCUAAAGUUCUCUUAUUGAACAUCUAAAUAUUAGCAACCAGCAAGGUAUGUGAUAUCAAAUAUGUUUGUUUUUAUUUCUCUCA